AUGGUUGUACGUGCGGUUAUUGGAACGGUAGUUAACCGUCUUCCUUAUUCUGAUCAUCUCCCCCAGUUUGUGCAAAAUGCCAUCACCGAAGACACUUCUUCGUACGAGCUGGCGGAGCUGGUUUCUCCCUUGGCCAACCUGUCUGAGUUAGAGGGCCCGCUUAGUCCACAGCAGAAGAUCCACAAUCGAAUUCUCGAACGCAGGGAGCUGGCGGAAGCGGCCUCUUCUAUGCCUAAUGACGGGUUUCUGUUGAAUCACACAGAUGACCAUGCCGAUGAUCGUAACGACGCCUUGACUGAGUCAGAGACGAUCCAGGGAAGCAGUACGCCUGAUACCACGAGACAGAGCAUGGUGCAGAAGUACUUAGAUGAGCAGAACGCUAAAUUCGAUAGCUUGAUCAAUAAGAAUCUCAAUGUGGUGUUACAGCAACAGAGCAUGUAUGAGGAUGAAAGCUCGUGGCAACAGCUCAUGAUCGAGAUGGCAAUGGCGAGAGAUAAAGAUGAAAUCAGCAUGAAGAUGACCUCCUUGAUGAGCAGAGCAUCCAACUGGAUUCAGUCGCACAUUCCUGGUAGCAUUGCCAGCCGACCUUCGAGCAGGGCCAACAGCAGACCCGUGUCUGGAGGAAAUGUUACUGAGGCUGACACCAACGAGCCUACGGAUGCAGUGGUGAGGGCUGAUGAUGCGACAAUUGAGAACUUUUUGGAUUCGCUAGACUACCAAACGAAGGUUAGCCUCUUGAGACAGUUGAGAAUCGAUUUGGGCAUCUCCGAUCUGGACGACUUGUCAAGAUUUUCCAAGGAGCUCUCUGCGUCUCAUCUGGGUGCACCAACAUUACUUAUCGACAAAAUUGAGACAUUAAUGAUCAUAUAUGUGCGUUUGUCAUUCAUCUGUCUCAAGUUCAUGAUCCCCAUGGCGACCCUCAUGUACUACAAGUUCAAAAAUAACGAUGUGUUUUUCUUCAACAACAAGAAUUUCAACAGGCUCCUCACAUUUACGAUUAAAUUUAUGGAGUCACUAGAAGCUAAGCUCAAAACUGAGACCCUCAAUGCUUAUCAGUACGGACAGGAGAUUCAAAACGAGAACCCUCCAACGCCAAUUGAAGGACCCCAAAACAGACAGCUCGAAAACGUGGAAGCCGUGUCGACCAUUGAAAAGGCAUCAAAUUCACCAAAACCUACGUGGUCAGAGUCACUAACCAAAAUGGCCAUCAAUUAUUGGUUGAAGUCCAGAAACGAAAAGGCAGAUUACGCUAAAGAUCCCCGGUAUGCACAAUACUUUUCGGGUAAUAAAGACAAUAGUGGUGUUGCAGAAUGGGACGAUAGAGAUGAUCUUAGUGCGGAGCAAAAAGAACAGCUAUCUUUCAUAGAAAUAGCCCAGCAAUUUGCAGACCAAUUGAAGUGA